AUGGAUACAACGAAAGAAGACAGAAACGAAACUCGUGAAGUUGAGGAAACUGCGAAAGAAUUUCAAGACUUUACAGAUCUUAUCGGUCCAUUUGGAAAAUGGCAGAUGAUGAUAAUCGGGAUGAUGGCAUGGUGUAUUAUUGUUUCGGCAUUAAACAAUUUAAAUUGGCCAUUCUUGGCGUACAAGGUGGAUUAUUGGUGCGCGAGAACACCGAAAUACGUGAACUUGACCGUGGAGGAGUGGAAAAAUAUCAGCGCACCCCUGGAAAUCAGAAACGGGAGAACAACGCAUAGUCGAUGUGAGGUAUACGAUAUUGACGAUAUCAAAUAUGGAAAGAACUUUUCAAAGAUUCCUUGUCGCUCGUGGGAAUACGAUCAUUCACAAUACAAAAGUAGUGUCAUUGAAAAGUGGAAUUUAGUUUGUGAAAGUUCUUGGUUAAGUUCUCUCGCUGGUUCUUCUUUCUUCGUGGGAUUCCUCGUGUCCGCUAUUGUAUCUGGACAGAUAUCCGAUAGACAUGGAAGAAGACCAGUGAUAAUAUCCGGACUUGUGUUUCAUAUAAUCUUUGGAAUUCUUUGUUCAUUUUCUCCAUAUUACUGGAUGUUUACUGUAUCUCGUUUCUUCUUGUCUAUAGGAAUCACAGCAUCUAAUCUGACAUUGUAUGUAUAUGUUAUGGAAGUGGUUGGACCAACACACAGAGAAAAGGGCAUGGUAACUAUUUGUUUCUCUUUUGGUAUUGGGUUGCUUAUACUUCCCGGAAUAUCUUGGUUUCUCAACGAUUGGACUUAUAUUCAGUUAUGCAGCACUUUGCCGUCAAUUCUAUUACUCGCAUUCAUCAGUUUUACUCCCGAGUCUCCAAGAUGGCUCCUAACUCACGGUAGAUUACGUAAAGCCGAAAAAGUUAUACGUAACAUAAUGAAAAUGAAUAAAAUGCAUGCGGAAGAUUUAACCGAAAUUAUCGAAGAACUUUAUUGGAAAAUUAAAACGAACGAGGAAAAGAGGAAAAUGAAUUUUUUGCACUUGAUCAGGAAUAAAGAGUUACGCAAGAUUACUUUCAUCAUGUACAUUUUGUGGUUAGUAAUAAUGUUCGACGUCUACGCAUUGUCAUUGAAUGCAGACAUCACAGGAGGAAACAUCUUUCUCUUUUUUGUUUUAUUUUCCUCAUUACAAUUUUGUGUUUCUGGUGUGUUGAAGAUUAUUUUACCUCGCUUUGGAAGAAGACGUAUUUUGAUGUUUGCAUACCUUUUAGUGGGCGUCACUUCGUUACUCGUUACGGCUGUUCCAAACGAUCUUAUAUGGCUGAGGAUUGUUUUCGUAGUGUUAAGCAGAUGCUGCGUGUCUAUUGCAAUAAACACAAUAUAUGGAUUUACUUUAGAAUUGUACCCGACUGUAGUUCGUAACGUGGGUAUCGGAUCGUGUUCUACAUUUUCCAGAAUCGGAGCGAUCGUUGCACCUUUUAUGAAGGAUCUUAGUGAAAAGGUGUACUGGAGCGUUCCCUUUAUUAUAAUAGGUGUAUUGACUCUUUCGUCUGGUUUCUUAAUUUUACCUUUACCCGAGACCAAAAGAAUUCGUUUAAACGAUACCAUUAUUAACACAACAGAAGAUGAAGAGGAACAUAAAAUUAAUCAAGAAGAACGAGAACAUUAUGCGGUUUGAAACUGGAAUAAUUAGAAAAUAAAUGUGUGAGUGCUUUGAGUAUUUAACUAGAUUUCACUGUAAAAAUUUUAACGAAGUUUACGAUAAUUUAAAGAAAGCUUUUAUUAUCAGUUAUACUCAAGAGAAAAUUACUUAAUGUUAAAAAUGCACACUAAAUAUUGCACGAGGAAAACUGCAUU